AUGGACACAGUAAGGGAGGAGGCAUGGCCUGUGGCUGCACCGCAGCAGCGGCAGCAGCCAUCAGCUCCCCAACCGGAGCAGCAGCAGCAGCAGAAUGGCCGUAUCGAUCUCAGGGAGCUCAAGGCUCAGAUGGAGAAGCGGCUUGGUCCGGAUCGUUCGCGGCGAUAUUUUGGCUACUUGAAUGGCUACUUAUCGGAAAGGCUCGGCAGGCAGGACUUUGAAAAGCUGUGCCUGCAGACCCUGGGGCGGGAGAACCUCCAGCUGCACAACCGGUUAAUCCGUGCAAUUCUCUACAAUGCCUACCAGGGAAAGUGCCCGCCUCCUCCUCCUCCAUUGGAUGCAGGGAGGAGACCUGUUGGGGCAUCAGUAAAGAAGGCUUCUCAGGCUGCUGAAGUGUUGAAUGCUUGCAAUGGUGAUGCCAGGUUGUUACAGGUUCAGGGAUUGAGGCCUGUGGCUACAGCACAGGAUCAUACUUUGAAAGACAGUAUGAAUAACAUGGGCCCAAAUUGUAGGGUGACGACUGCUGUCAAUCACAACCAAGUUACUCACGGUGCUUCUGGAUCUCUGGAGAAUGGUAUUAUAAAUCCACUUGAGUUGAAGAGAUUGCAUUUUCAACAAUGCGAACCUGUAGAGCCACUGGCAAAGCAUCCACGCGUGGAACAGUUGCCACCCAAUAAUAUGCUUUUGCAGAGAAGAAGUAUGAGCAGCACUGCAGACCGGUCUGCAGAAAUAUUGAGAAGUCCUGUACGAGCUCCACUAGGAAUUCCAUUUUGUUCAGCAAGUGUGGGUGGUGCAAGGAAAUUUCCACCUCCACGAAUUGUUGCAGGUGAGGAUCACUUUAACAGCUGUCUUGAUCAUGGUGGGCUGUUCAACACUGAGCUGCUGCACAGACGGAUGGAGAAAACAGCAGAAACGCUGGGUUUAGCUGGUGUCACAAUGGAUAGUGCCGAGCUUCUGAAUAUUGCUCUGGAUAAGUACAUGAAAAACCUGAUUAGGUCAUCUGUUGAGUUAGUAGGAGGUAGUGUUCAGAGGGAUGCAAGGAAAGGGACACCACCAUACAAGCAGCAAGCUUAUGGAAAGCAGAUUAAUGGUGUCUGGCUGCCAAACCAUGUUCACAUUCAAUCAGGUAGCGGGCCAUCAGGAGCCACGAAUGAGAUCGGAAGUAACCAAUUGAUCUCCAUCAAUGAUUUUAAGGUAGCCAUGCAGCUAAACCCUCAACAUCUCGGGGAGAACUGGCCAGUCCUUCUGGAGAAGAUAUGUCUAUGUUCUUCAGAGGAAAAUGACUGA